UCCCGCAGAAGAAGAAGAGCUGCUGGUUUGUGAUUUGUACACGGUAGCAGAAACAGCCUGCUGCAAAACCAUCCAACCAAGAGGCAACCUCCAACCUGUCGUCCUGCAUUUAACAACGCUGAUCCGACCGUCCACACACAAAGAGGAGGCAGCUUAAACUGACAGCUUUUCGUGUGUUCAUCGUUAUCCGGGACACAAUGAGGACGGGUGUCUUGUCUCUGACAUUGUUUUUAUGCCUCUGCUUGGUCACAGGGUUUGCACUGGAGGAAACUAUCAACAGAGGGGCUGCAAUCCAAUCAGAUCAACAAAAGAUCAAUGCCAAUCAAUCAGAUGGAUCCAGCUCCAAGGGAGUAGAAAACACAAUUGACCCUGAUGGAGGAAAUGCAUCAAAUCUAGCAUCGAACAAUACACCAAGGACCAAGGAGAACACACCACCAGUAGAGGGGAAUGGCAAGAAUAUAAAUACACCAAUAGUGGCGAUAAAAGAGACGGUAAAGAAGGAGAAGACAGAAACAGUAGAUCUGGAAGUGAAGAAUAAAACAACACCGGAGGCAAAUAAACCGAUGACAGCAAAAAAACAUACAAAUACAACAGAGGCGACACCGAAUCAAAUGACGACAAAAGAGCUGGUAACGGAGGAGAUGACAACAGAAGUUGAUGCGGAUGUGAAGACUACAACAACAACACCGGAGGCCAAUACACCAACGACGGCAAAAGUACAUGUGGAUGCAAAGACUAUAAAGACAACAACAGAGGCGACACAGAAACAAAUGACGACAAAAGAGACGGUAAUGAAGGAGAAGACAACAAAAGCAGAUGUGGCUGUGAAAACUAAAACGACAACAACAGAGGACGGAAAGAAUGAAAAUAAACCAAAAAAGGAAGAAGAGAAUAGAAAUGACAUGAAUGACGCAGAAAGCAGUCAUUUCUUCGCCUACCUUGUGACUGCUGCUGUGUUGGUGGCAGUGCUCUACAUCACUUACCACAACAAGCGAAAGAUAAUUGCCUUCGUCUUGGAGGGAAAGAGAGCCAGAGCAGCACGUCGACCUAAAUCCUCAGAUUACCAGAAGCUUGAGCAACAUAUGUGAUCUUGUUAAGCCAUUGCCUGGAGCAGCCGGAAACACUGGGGCUGAUGUCUGAAGUGGGUGAAUGCAUACUGGCUGUAGCUAUUCCCCUGGUGUGCUCUGUGUUGCUUCCACAUUCUUACCUUUUAGAUGCUUAUCGUAUGACUAUGCAUAUGACACCAUUGCCUUAUUGAGAGAUUUAUUGACAUGCAGUGGAGGUUGUUAUAAGCAUGCUGUUUUGCACUUGUGUCUUUUCCACUUUGAAGGUAAUUUUGCAAUUUAACCUGACUAAGGUUUUGACUCAGGAUAUUUCAGUAGCAGAUGAGAAUAUUAGCUUUGUGGACUUCAGUCUUUGUACAGUACGUCAGUAAUUACACUGUGUACUUUAAUAAGCCAUCUGACAUUGUUUUACUGACAGUGUGUAAUUCCUUUAUGGCUAUGUGAAAUGUUUGUUAAAAUGUAUCAAGAGUCCUUUUAGGUGUAUGGAAGUAUCACAAUGGGGUUUCUACUCAUGCUCAUAACCAUGCAGUGUUGGCGAAAUGAAUGUAAAAGAAACCUAUCAUUUCCAAAUGACAUGUUAGAACAGUACUAACCCUCUUUACCCUCAUAUAAUGUGAGAUAAAGGCUGUGCUUAAAGUAAUAGUUUGACAAUAAAAAAAUUGAUUGUGUGGAGUUAGAUGAAAAGAACUAUAUCACUCCAAUAUCUCAAAGUAAAGUGUAACAUUUGAUAUCAGUAUGCAUAGCCCAGCAUAACUUCUGAAAAUAGGGAAACAGCAAGCUAGACUACAUCCAAAGUUAGCUAAAUCCAGCUUCAAUUAGCUCCAAAGUACACACAUUAUCUCUUUUGACUCCGGCCAACACUUAACAUUGUAAAAACAUGUUACUGUUUGAAAGUGUGUGACUUCAAGAGCAUUUAUGCUAAGCUAAGCUAGCCGCCUGAUGCCUGUAGCUUCAUACUUAGAAUACGGCACAUUUUCUCAUCCGACUCCGGGUAAACUAGCAAUAGCAUGACGAUCAGAUAUGUUGAAGAAAUCCUAUGAAAAUACAGCCAACAAUUAUUUUCAGCUGCUGUCAGGGUGUCUGAUAUACACGUAAAAGCCUCUAUUUAACCACAAGAUUGUGGCAAGACUGGUGUAAAAAUAUUGGGUCUAUUUUUCUCUGUAAUACUGAAUACUUUACUGUAUGACUACCCAACACCUCUGUGGCCAGUUAUGUGCCGUUUGUAGCGUUGAAACUCUGAUCUAAAAUGUUUCAGGUUUGAAUCUCAAAACUGUUUUGUUGGAGGAAAUUAGCCCACAACUGCACUGUGGACUGGUGGAAGUGCACUAUAAGAUACAAUGUCUUUCUUGGGAUAGGCUUACCACUUAUAAUUUAAUUGUAGAGUAGAUGUGUUUGUGUUCAGAGAUAACAGAUGACUUGUGCCAAAUUGUGAACAUUUUAACUGUGAGUUGUCUUUCUUGUUUUUGCCUGUUUGCUCACUGAAGACUAUGUGGCAGUCAUAACGUCAAGAGCCUUCCAUGUCAUAAUGAAAGGACAUCUUACAUAAAUAAUGGUUUCCUGGAAGAAAAAUGUCUGUCUUUAAAACUUCUAUUUUUGUUGUGCAACAUGCAAAGAAUUGUUGGCGUUUUUAUAAUUCAAAUUUUGUUUACAACAAACUACUAUUUUCAUCUGUGACAAAAGCACCAUAAUUAAUUUAAAAUCAAGAGUCAUUCUUUCAUACUGUCAUACUAAAAUUAGCAUGAAAUACGCAUGUUUUCAAAAUGUUUAUCAAGGCUAUACAAUUAUUUAUUUGACUUGGUAAGGAAUUGCUUUCCAUACAUCUGUCUUUCAAAACUACGUUUGCACAGAUGUUUGUUUGCUAAACCAAUUCAGAAGAUUGCUGAUCUGAAAAUAAAAGCUUUUUGUAUAUUUGA